AUGUUCAAGACUACCAAUAAUACCCCAUCUAGGUUAUGCUUUGAAAAGCGAGUGAUUGGUACAUCAUCACGAUUGCAGCGUGAUUCAUUUGGAGCUCUGCAAGGUGAUUCCACAGUUUCCAGCAGUAAUGGGGGUAAUUUACAUUCAUUGUUGCGUAGUGACUACGGUAGCCCACCGCUUGGCUCCACUUUGCGGGGUACGAAUGGUUGCAGUUUAGAAAUGUUAUCAUCCGAUCCUCCUCUAGUAACGCAGAAUAGUUCUUUGGUAGCCGCAACAACAACACCAUUGGCGAUUGCCACUCCCAAAAUUAAUUCGAAUAAUAGUACUACGAAUCGUCGUCGAAAUGUAUCAUCCAUUUUUAUGCACUCUAAUGAAGAUUAUGGAGUAGUGGAUGAUAGUGUUGUUGUAGAGGCGGGAGAACCCACUACCCCCGUGUUAACUCUGCGAUCAUGUCUCCCACAACCGGUACGUGUGCCGUCGCCAACAAACGCACCAGAUCAACUCACGGGUGUUGGUGAGUUUACAUGCUCACCAAAGAAGCGGCGUAAAUCCCAUAGUAGAAAAGAACGAGAUAAGAAUCGUGAGAGCAGUGGAAGUCGAACAGGGUCACGAUGGCAAGGUAGCAGUGUAGGAAGUGUCACCCACAGCAGUGUGACCCGUUCACAGGAGUCAUUAGAGCGUGGACCACUGCGUGUGAGUCUUGCACAUAAGGCAUUGAUUGGAAAAGGUAGUUUUGGAGUGGUCUUUCAGGCAAUGGACCGAGACACAAAUCAAAUCAUUGCAGUGAAAGAAAUUGCCUUCGGUAAUGGAGCUAGUAGUAAAGCGGUGGAGGCAGUACGUAAGGAAUUGGCAUUAUUAAAGGAACUGGAUCAUCCUCAUAUUGUGAAGUGUUUGGGUGAGGAAUGUGAUGAUCACUGUCUGCGUAUUUAUUUGGAGUAUGUCUCUGGUGGAAGUAUCAGUAGUGUCCUACGCACUUUUGGCCCAUUUCGUGAGAAACAGGCAUCUAUUUACGCACGUCAAAUGCUUAGUGGUUUGGCGUAUCUACACAGUCGCAAUAUCAUGCAUCGUGAUCUCAAAGGUGAUAAUCUUCUCGUGGACCCAAAUGGCACUUUAAAAAUCUCAGACUUCGGCACCGCCAAACAUCUCAUUGAUGCUCACAAUCACUCCACCCUCGCCGGCACGGCUUACUUUAUGGCCCCGGAAGUUAUUCUCGCCAGUGACACCGUUGGACUUGCAAGUGAUGUCUGGUCUGUUGGUUGUUGUGUGAUUGAGAUGCUGACGGGCGAGCCGCCCUUUGCGGCGGUGCGGAAUCAAUACGCGAUGAUGAUGCGGGUCGCGGAGACGCACGGGGAACUUCACCCGGCGAUGAUCCCCCGCGAGGGGCUCUCGGAGAAGGCCGUGCAGUUCCUGCGCCGGUGUCUGCAGCGGGACCUGGCAAUGCGGCCGAGCACGCGGGAAUUACUGCGGGACCCGUGGAUUCUCUCGCCGCCGGAGGACAUCGGUGGAGCGGCGGGCAGUUAA